AUGGCUGUGGAAGGAUUCAGCAAUGAUGACCAAUUCGUCCUUUUGGGAUUCUCAGAGUAUCCACAACUGCAGAUUGUCCUUUUUGUGUUGUUUCUGGGAAUCUACCUUAUGACUCUGGCAGGAAACUUUCUCAUUGUCCUGAUCAGGAUGGACUCACACCUCCACUCCCCCAUGUAUUUCUUCCUUGGUAACUUAUCGUUAGAGAAACUUGUCUCAUUGUCCUGAUCAGGAUCCUCCAUAGCCCCUAAGAUGCUCUAUGACUUCUUCCAAGAGCAGAAGGCCAUCUCCUUUGUAGGCUGUGCUGCUCAGUUUUUCUUCUUCAUGGGGAUGGGUGGCACUGAGUGCUGUCUCCUGGCAGCCAUGGCAUGUGACCGGUAUGCUGCUGUUUCCAACCCAUUGCUCUAUCCUGCCCUCAUGUCACCCACCAUCUGUGUGGGGAUGGCCACAACAGCAUAUGCAGGAGGAUUCCUUAUUGGCCUGGUCCAAACCAUCUCCAUAUUCCACCUCCAUUUCUGUGGACCACGAGUCAUUAACCACUUUUUCUGUGACUUGCCAUCCCUAGUGGACCUGUCUUGCUCCAGUACCUUCUUCAGCCAGGUAGUGAACUUUCUCAUCGUAUGUGCAGUUGGAGGGACAUCAGCUUUUGUUGUCUUGGUUUCCUAUGGCUACAUCAUUGCUGCUGUCAUGAAGAUCCAUUCAACCCAUGGACGGAUAAAGGCUUUCAACACCUGUGCCUCUCAUCUGAGCACAGUGGUUCUCUUCUAUUGCUCUGGUCUCUUCUCAUACCUCCAUUCAAGUGCUGACUACUCUUGGGACAAAGAUAAGGUGGUGUCCAUGGCCUAUGGAGCUGUGAUCCCUAUGCUGAAUCCCAUUAUCUACAGUCUGCGAAACAAGGACAUCAAAGAUGCAUUGAAAAAGCUCAAGGAGAAGAAAUAG